AGUUUAGUGCUACUCUGCAAUGAAUUCAUGUCGUUUGACACACACGCCGUGCGUUUUGAAAGUUCCAUACCAUUAAGCACCGAAAAGCGGUGGGUGGAAGUGGCGACGUGGUUGGUGGUGUCUUCACACAUUUUGUUGGUUGGUUUCAACUACCGCGUGCACUGACGUGUAACUUUUCUACUGGCUCCCAAGAGAAUAUGAAUAGCUCCCUCUCUGGCAAUGGUGGUUCCACAACAAUGGCGGCAGAAAACGAAGAUUCCUGCGGAAUCCGCGUCACCGGCAUGCAAUUCUCCUACGACGUGCAGCAACCGCCGCUCUUCCUCGACUUCAACCUCAACGUCUCUCCCGGAUCCCGCUGCCUCCUCGUCGGUGCCAAUGGAUCCGGAAAGACGACUUUGCUGAAGAUUCUGGCGGGGAAGCACAUGGUUGGAGGAAGAGACGUUGUGCGCGUCUUGAGUGGUUCCGCUUUUCACGACACUCAGCUCGUUUGUAGCGGAGAUCUCGCUUAUUUGGGCGGAUCUUGGAGCAAAAACGUUGGCUCCGCUGGAGAAAUUCCGCUCCAAGGAGACUUCUCUGCUGAACAUAUGAUCUUUGGAGUUGAGGGUGCUGAUCCAGAAAGGAGAGAUAAGUUAAUUGAGCUGCUUGAUAUUGAUCUACAGUGGCGAAUGCAUAAGGUAUCUGAUGGGCAGCGGCGUCGAGUGCAAAUCUGUCUUGGUCUUCUUCAUCCGUACAAGGUUCUCUUGCUGGAUGAGGUUACUGUGGAUCUGGAUGUUGUUACUCGGAUGGAUUUAUUGGACUUCUUUAAGGAAGAAUGUGAACAGAGAGAAGCUAUAAUCGUAUAUGCAACUCAUAUUUUUGAUGGACUGGAGACAUGGGCAACUCAUUUGGCAUACAUACAAGAUGGUGAACUGAGAAGAGCAGAAAAAAUAUCAAAUGUUAACGAGUUGAAAUCUUCAACUAAUCUGCUGUCUGUUGUUGAGGCCUGGCUUCGCGCUGAAACAAAGCUUGAAAAGAAGAACCCUGUCCAAAAGACUUCUGUUGCCAGUUCUCCUUUCUUUUCAUCUAGACACAUGGCAUACUAUAGAUAGUGUUUUUGACACAGAUUUCUUAUGAAAAUAAUUUGGGUGGCAAAUACAAGUAAUUCAUUCUUUCAUGCUUGUCAAGUUUGUGGUUGCUUAUAUUUUCAACAUUUUGUUUUGGAGUAGUUAUACGUUUAAACAAGCAUGAUUAAAUGAAUCAUAGCCUUAUAAUCACCAUGAAGUCAUAUGGGGCUGGCUUUGGUCGAUAACAUGUAUUCCUUUUUCAUACCAUAAAUGAAACAUAAUUGCUGAAUGCUGAGACUAUAUACUUUUGCCAA